GCGGCCCCGCUCCUUCCUCCCAUCGGCCUCGGCUUGCGGGCCUUUCAAACAUGGAGGAGCGGGAGCGGGGGGCGAGGCCGGCUCUCGCCGCGAGCCCCGCGGGCCCGCCUAGCCCGCGGCUGGAUGUCAGCUCUGACAGCUUCGACCCGAUGCUGGCCCUGUACGCACCCCGCCUGCCCCCAAUUCCCUACCCCAACGCCCCCUGCUUCAACAACCUGGCCGAGUACGAGAGCUUCCUCAAGACCGGGGUCAGGGGCGGUGGGCGCGGGCGGGCGCGGGGCGCGGCCGCGAGCUCGGGGGGCCCCGCCGCCGCCGGACCCCCGGGCAGGACCCGCCGCCGCCAGGACGCCCCCGCCCCGGACCCCGAGCGCAUCCAGCGCCUCCGCCGUCUAAUGGUGGCCAAGGAGGAAGAGGACGGGACCACCGGGGCACGCCGGCGGGGUCCGGGUCGCAGCAGGAAGGCGCCGCGCAACGUGCUCACGCGAAUGCCCCUGCACGAAGGUAGCCCUCUGGGUGAAUUGCAUCGUUGUAUCAGGGAGGGGGUGAAGGUGAAUGUUCAUAUCCGCACUUUCAAGGGACUCCGGGGUGUCUGCACAGGCUUCCUCGUUGCAUUUGACAAGUUCUGGAAUAUGGCACUUACUGAUGUGGAUGAGACCUACCGAAAACCUGUUCUAGGCAAAGCGUAUGAACGGGAUUCUUCGUUGACUCUCACUAGGCUAUUCGAUCGGCUGAAACUUCAAGAUUCYUCCAAGAAGGAAGCAGAUUCUAAGUCUGCAGUUGAAGAUUCCACUCUGUCCAGAUACUCCCAGACAUCCACUUGGAAGGUGGCUUCAGUGUGGGGAAGAGAAGACACUGACCGGGGCUCACGCAAGCGUUCCCGAUCUGUCCCUUCUUCCCUGCAAGCAUCUGCAAGAGAGGAGUCCAGAUCAGAGCUGUCAGGGAGGACUACACGGACAGAAGGGUCUAGUAUGGGAGGUACCUUUUCCAGGGCUACCACCCUUUCCAGGGGCCAAUCCCGUAAAAAAAAACGAAAGCCCAAGGUGGAUUAUCAGCAGGUAUUCACCCGACACAUAAAUCAGAUUUUCAUUCGAGGUGAGAAUGUCCUGCUGGUUCAUCUUGCACAGUAACCAGCUCAGCCCCACUUGAGCUUUGGUUUUUAGAAAUAAAGUGCAUGAAUUGCUACUCUGCUGUAUCCUAGUAUCCCAAGGAAACCCUGAAUUGGAAUGCUUCCCUCUGGUCCUGCACCUGCAGAGGACAGAGCAGGCUCGACCCUCUGGAAGAGGAGCUCAAGGGGAAGAUAGGCCUUUAGGAGAGUGGGCACUUGAGUUACUGUCAAGAUAGAAGCUAUGCUUAGGUACAAGGCUUCUGAUGGGUGUCAUGGUCUACUUCAUAUUCUCAAACCAAAUAUAAGAUCUUCCAUUUGACUCAGCAUCACAAUAUAAGCAGAAUUCACUCUUCAGAGAUUAUAGAAAAAAAUGUCUCAAAAAUUCUCAUUUUUAAAAGCUUGUAUCCUGACAAGUCAUGAAUUUGAACCUAAGAGUAGCAAUGUAAUUGCCCCAGAGGCCUGCACCCACAUUUUGUAACUGACCUAUGAAUUUUGCUCUACACAAUUUUCUCUUGAUCAAGAAGUGAAAUUUAUUAUCUUUGACUAUCUAUAAGGCUAGAAAAGUUGCCAACUAACAUAGAGGUGAAAUUUAGAUAGGUUAGGUUACUGUGCUCAAAGCAGGCAGCAGUAAAUGCUGUUUUGGUCUCUUCCUUGUUACAGAAAGAAUGCAGAACCUCAUCAGUCUUCCCCUAACCCAGAGGUAGCCUCUGCAAACAGCAUACCAGAUGGGACUGUCACAUGCUUGUGUGGUGGCUUCUUGUUCUUCUGACUUCUGUGGCAUGGUGCUAGUGCAUGUACCCUGUGGUAUUACCCCGCUGUACAUAGUGUGAACUGUCCUGUGAGCUUUGUGGCAGGAGACUGUGACCUUCAUAUCUGGCUUCAAAGAGUUCUACAUGAACUCAGUAACACACACACACACAUCAAAGGGGCUGAGAGUCCCCUUUCCAGGCGGGACUGGCCUUGUAUAGAAAAUCUUUCAGAAUGAUGUAACCAUGAAUUAAGGGUGGUAGUUUUAUCCCCACGUGUCAGGCCAAAGAGGGUCUUAUAAAGUACAGUGGGUAGUGUCUAAAGAGACACCUUACUCACAACUUGGCUUGGGUAACAGGAAGCCACAAGAUCUGUGGACGUUCCUACUUGAAUCAUUAUGUGCUUUUUCAAUCAACAGUGCAGAAUAGGCUGCAUCUUGACACAGACUGUUAGGCAAUAUUGACUUUUUGUUAGUUUAUACUUGUUUUAGAUAACUUAUGUUCAAAGUGAGAAUAAGAAAUAACCAACCAAUUAAAAUGUAUGAAAAGGAGAAUUUUCCCUGCUGUGUUUGUCAUGUCACUUGGAUAGCCUUCUGAGAAGCAGGGUGAAUGAAGUUUAGGGAAGUAGAACACCUGGUUCUUCUGCGAGCUGGACCACCGGCUUACCACACAAUGAAAGGUGAGCAGAUUUAACCCCUCUGUGCCUCAGUUUCUCCCAUCAGACACCUACCUCACAGGGACAUCAUGACAAAGAAUUUUAGGAAGGCCUUUUACAGCCUCUAAACACGUUUAAGUGCCAUGAAUAACUUUUACGAUCUCUAUUUCAUAGCUCUGUAGAACUCUAUAUGUCUUAUGAGCAAGGCAGGUGCUACAUGAACAAGGAAUCUUCCUAAGUGACAUAUUAUGGUCUUGUAAUUA